CCGCGCAUCAUAAAGUGCUAUUGAUUAACCAGAGAACGACGGCGUUCCUUGCACGCAAAGGCGUCGUUUUAAAUUAUGCCGCCGGCGAAGAGGGGAAAAGCAAAGGCGGAGCCUAAGGUAACAACGCCGUCGGAAAAACCUAAUGAUUUUCCGUCUUGUAUUCGGAGCGUGCCUCCUUCCUCCGUCGCUAUAACCAUCCACGCCAAACCUGGUUCCAAAUCCGCAUCCGUAACUGAUAUAAGCGAUGAAGCGGUGGGAGUGCAAAUUGACGCACCUGCGAGGGAUGGCGAAGCAAAUGCGGCUCUUCUCGAUUACAUCAGUUCUUUGCGGUGGUGGCAGGUUUUAGGUGUGAAACGAAGACAAGUUUCUUUAGGCACUGGUUCUAAGUCACGAGAUAAGACAGUGAUCGUGGAAGAUGUAACCCAGCAAUAUGUUUUUGACGCUCUGGAUAAAGUCUCGAAGCAGCAGUGAUGACAAAAAUGAAAACGUGUUUUUCUUUGUGCUUUCUCCACAAUAAGUGCAGCCAGAGAAUAUGUGAUUAUCUAUUUUCCCGUUAGAAGACUACUAUUGCUCUGGCAGUGUUGCAGUGUAGAGUGGUGUAUUUGUUUUAUAUAUUUUGACAAUUUCAUGUAGAUUUAUGCUGGCUAGUGGCUAUAUUUGAUGAGUGUUAACUUUAUGUGUGUUGAAUAUCAUAUAUAUGACUUAUAAUCCCUUAACAUUUAUAGUUGCCAAA